CUCUCCGACUUCCGGGUAAUAGACGUGAGGAAGAGGAGGAUUGUGGAGCCGAGAGAAGACUGCCGAUUUGUGGCUCUCAGCUAUGUCUGGGGUGCGCGCCCUGGGCCCGAAGUAAAACGGCACGCGCUCUGCAAAGCCAGGAUCACCGAGCUGCAGCAGGAAGGCAGCUUGAAAAGCCUUCCCCGCACUAUCGAAGAUGCCAUGAGCAUCUGCAAACGCCUCGGCGAAGAAUAUCUCUGGGUCGACCUGCUAUGCAUCGUCCAGGAUGAUCAAGAAAACAAACAGCGCCAAAUCAACUCAAUGGCAUGGAUAUUUUCGUCUACAGUGUUGACCAUCAUCAGCGCUUGCGGAAACACCAUGGGCUGUCCAAUCGCAGGAGUCAGCCAAGACCGCCAGCUGCUUCAACAGCAGACAGACUUCUCAGGCCUCCAAGUCACCAGUAUCCUGCCCGAUUUUGACGAGCUAAUCAGCAAGACGGUCUGGCAUACCCGAGGAUGGACAUACCAAGAAGCCGUCUUCUCCAGGCGGAAACUCUUCUUCACGGCCGCAGAAGCGUGGUUCGAGUGC